CUAUUUAUUCCCCGACGGCCGGACCCAAAACCCAGAUCUGACAGGACUGUGUGAGCCUUCGCCUCAAGACCACAUCAAAGUCACACAGGAGCAAUACGAGCUGUACUGUGAGAUGGGCUCCACUUUCCAGCUGUGUAAGAUCUGCGCCGAGAACGACAAGGAUGUGAAGAUUGAGCCCUGUGGUCAUCUCAUGUGCACCUCCUGUCUCACUGCCUGGCAGGAGUCGGAGGGUCAGGGAACGGGAUGUCCCUUCUGUCGCUGUGAGAUUAAGGGUACAGAGCCCAUUGUUGUGGAUCCUUUUGACCCCAAGGACAACAGCGGGGGCUCCUGCAGGGGCAUGUUUGGAGCUGAGGGUGCUCCAUCACCCAGCUAUGACGAUGAUGAUGAUGAUAGACUUGAAGACCCUCACCUCAUGAUGAGCAAACUUGCCUGUACAAAGGUGGAGCGCCCCCCAUCACCUAUGUCCAUGGCUCCUCAGUCCUCUCUUCCCCCUGUGCCGCCCAGAUUAGACCUGCUACCACACAGACCUCCCAACCCCCCUGGUGCUUCCAGUCCCGGGCUCACCAGUAAGGCAGCAUCUCACCACAAAGACAAGCCUCUUCCCCUCCCCCCAGCGCUGAGGGAUCUCCCCCCUCCUCCUCCUCCCGACCGCCCACACACAGCCGGGGCAGCCCCCGAUGGGCGGCUGCAGAGGCGGCCCUUGCCCAGCACUCCCGGGGAGCCCCCUCGAGAUAAGCUCCCUCCAGCACCCCCAAACCGGCCUCUGGCUGACUGGAACUCCCGGCCUGUUCCCAAGGCCCCCACCUCUUCCUCCUCCUCGUCUUCAUCCUCAUCUUCCUCAUCCACCCAAGUCUCCAGUCUGGGAGUGGACAUCCGAGCAGGUGUCAGGGAACUCUCCAACCGACACUCCCUCCCCUUGGCGCUGCCCUCUGCUUUGGACACACGCUCAGACUCACAGAAGAACAACAGCUCCCUCAGUCUGGACCACCAGCUGAGUUUUGCAGCAGUUGCUGGUCAAGAUUAUGACAACCCCAAAGUCAAGCCCUCGGCUUCAGCCAACGCCAUCUAUGCCCUGGCAAACAGACCUUCUCCAGCCCAGAGGCCAGUGACAGGAGAGGAGGCACGUGACAGUGAGGAGGAUUCAGAGUACAUGAUCCCCUCCUCUCGCCCUGUCUUGCCACCCAUCACGGCACCACCUAUAACGGAGACCCCGGCAGUCCCAAGGCCUCCACAGGUUCAGCCUGUAGCAGCACUCCAGACACAGACCCACGCCUCCACACACAACUCACGGCUGAUCAUGGCUGAACUUGAGGAUGGACCUCAAAUGUAUGAAGCGAUGUACAACAUCCAGGCCAGGUCGCAACAAGCCAGAGACUCAGACUAUUCAGAGUUGCCCCCUCAGGCGAUGACCAACGGUCCCAGAGAUCAAGCAGCCGAGGACAGGGAAGAGGAGGAGAACGGCUACGACUUCCCAAAACCUCGACUGCCGCCGCCCACCGCCCGACGGACCCUUUCAGAACUGGGGGGGUCGUCUUCCUCUACUUCAUCCUCCUCAUCAUGCUCAUCCUCCACAGCUGCUUUCAGCCGCCUUUCUCUAGAUUCGGAUGCUGGAGCUGCAGCACCCUUCUCAGAGCCGGUGGAAGCACCAGAGAGACCUCCAAAGCCCCUGCCCAGACGAAUCAACUCGGAGCGUCGACCCAGCCCCGUCCCGCCCGUCCCUGCUCCACCCAGCGGUGGGGCGACAGGUGCAGAAGCCAACCCUCUAAUUAGUAGCGAGAUCGAGCACCUCAUGAGUCAGGGAUACUCUUACCAGGACAUCCAGAAAGCACUGAUGAUUGCACAGAACAAUAUCGAAAUGGCCAAGAAUAUCCUCCGUGAGUUUGUCUCCAUUCCCUCCACCGCGCAUAUUCUCACAUAGCACGCUCCUUGUGCCUAUCUCUCGUGUUUGCUCUCUCGCCCUAGCUUGGCCCAGCCUGGUUGGGUUUAGGUUGGCGCAGCCCAGCCCAAAGCCCAAAGCCCAUUGCCUGCAGCACUACCUCCGGUGCUGGCUGACGCCCUACAUCCCUGUGGAUUUUUAACUGGCUGUUACUCCAGCGAGCUCACAGCAUCUCUGGGACUCCGCGCCCUGCACUCCAUGCGCUUUCAACAGUGUCUGGCCUUCUCUAAACUGCUUUCAAACAGCAGGCCUCUUCGUUUUCACGGACAUCUCCGCGGGAGUGACCGAGCGCGUGUGGAACAAUGACGGGACGCCACAUGGCGCGAGACUUUCGUAUGAAUCCUGGGAAGACAGAUUCUUAUCUUUCAUGUUGAAGCCUCUUGCUGAAAAUGUAACCAACACCUCACAAAUAAAACUAAAAAAUGUAUGUCUAUAUGAAAAUUUAAUAUAUGAGUAAAUAUAUAUUAAAUGUGUGUAAUAUAUACAGUACGUGCAUAUACAGUAUGUAAAAAUGACUUCAGCUUUGAGGGUCGCUGUUGGUACAAGCGAUAUGGGUAGACGGGGACCAGAUUAAAGGGGGUUUGGUCCUUUCUCGGACUGAGGGAUGUGAGAGUGUGGAGAAAUACACGUGAGGAAGAGGAAGAGUCAGGGUGUCUUCCUCACCAGGAUGAUGUUCAGUCAGCAGCAGCUUAGAAGACAGAGCAGCAGAGCUUUUUCAUUAUGAAUUCAGUCUGUUAUGGCCUUUGAUUAACAAUGUUGCUUUGGUACUUUUUCUUUUUUUUUUUUUUUAGAAAAAACAUGCUUGUUUUGUCGUGUUGUAUUUUUCAAAGUAGCAUGACGAUGGUUUCGGGUCUGGACUGUUCGUCUGGCAGCGUGUGUUUAUAUGUGUGUAUGUGAGCAUGUGUGUAGGUGUGUGUCUGCCAGACCUUCUCCUCAUGACCUGCUCUUAAAUGAACCUCCUGUUCCUGUACAACAUGAAUGUGGAAUUACAGUCAGUAUACUCAGACCCGUGCUCUGUAAACGUACUACUGCUCUAACUCAAGUGGCAGGGCCUAGUGUAGCUGUAGAGCCUGGCAGUGAGAUUAUUAGAGGACGUACUAAUGUUGACGACCCUGCAGUACCAGACAGGCUAGUGUUGUGUGAUCCGUGGUGGCUGAAACGUUUUCGUUCUGUCUUCGUCUAACUUCAUUGGCCGGCUGGUCGGACAUUUUCUGUCUCCAGCUCAGUCCAGUGUUACGAAACAAAAAAAAAAAUGUCAUUGAUUUACUUUGGUAAUAUAUUAUUGUAAUAUGAUCAUAAAUAUUGUUAUUAUAAUUAAUUCAGAAGUGCUUCACUGCUGCUACUAUUGUUAGUGCUAAACAAUUAAGCCUUAAAUGUACAUUUGUGAAUAUUGUGUUUAACCGUCAUCCUGUUUCUUUAAAGUGACAGUAUCAUCCAUGUUUCUCUGGUCCGUAAUGUAGCAUACUUGAAAGUACAAGCAGCUUGUGAGCCUGCAGCCCUCACAAGCUGUUGACUCUUCAGUGUUUUAAACUUUUUUUUUUUUAAUAUAUAUAUAUAUAUAUAUAUAUAUAUAUAUAUUCUCUAUAAUUUUCUAUAGGUAGACUCAAACAAACAAAAUGCUUGCGCUAUGGAAACCAGCCAUUUUGUAACAGAUUCAAGCUUCUCUUUCACAUCAGUUUCCUCUCUCCAUGGGAGUUCACCCCCUCUGAAACAGAGUGAUUGCUGAGGCUUUUUAAAAAGUAGGCUCAUGGGUUUGCUGGCCCACCCCCAAGUCUACAUUAAAAUCAGUAUUUGGGCCAACUGUAAGAACUAACUCAGGAAUAAUGUUUAUUGAAACCAGUGGCGUUCACGCGCAGCUGUCAAAAAACAAACAGAGGAGACUCAUUGGCACAGACAGCAACUCACCUGCCGUCUCUUCAUCCAGGUGACAUGUAGCCAAAAGUAUCCACUCAAUGAAGUCACACAAGUAGCCUAUUACUUACUUUGUCACAUUAUAACUUGCACAUUUUUUUGUAUUAUUUCCAAUGUUGGCAGGACUAGAAACAGCAGCUUCAUUUCCAGGUACUAUGAAUGAAUACGAUAAAUAAAUGCAAGGAGCUUUUAGGUACAUUGACUUGAACCUCUCCCAGCAUAUGAAGAAGAAUGUUUUUUUGGGGGGAGGUGGGCGUUAAUCAGGUCGAUAGCUAAUUAGCCUUUGCUUAUUCUGGGUAAUGCUGUCUGUUGACUGGAAGCUAUCUCUGCGCUGUCCGGCCAUCUUCUAGUUCUUUUUUUUUUCUGUUCCUAGUUGCCUUGAGAAACUUCUUGAAUGAUGGGUAAUGGACGGGGAGGUCCCCCAAUCCUCAAUACUGUACCAAUGUUUUGUCGAUGCUUCAAGGACAGCACGUCAUUGUUGUGUAUUAUUUACCUUUUGUUUUGUUUUUUGUUUUUCGCACAGUAUACCAAUUUGUGCUUUGAUACUGUCACUCUAAAGAAAAAGCUAAUUGUAUAAAGUUUGUGAUAUGAUAAGAAAAAAAAAUGGCUGUUUUAUUUCAUUUUGCAUUCCUGUACAUGUAUUUUGUUCCAAAGGUUUUUGUUUACUUAUGUGAAUAAUUCUGUGAGCAGUGCCAUAUGUUUGGAGAUCCUCACCAUGUUUAGAGUAAGGCCUUGUUUUGGAAGAGAGUUUGUAGGUAUUGAUCCGUACCUGCUGAUCUCAGAAGGCUAGAUUGUGCAGUAUUGCUUGUAUUAAUCUGUCCUCUCUGCCUUGUCAGCCGCAACUUAUGUGUGCAUCGAUGAGCUGAUCUGUGAAAGGUCUCCUUGGCUUUCUUACCCGAAAGAUAAACCAGGUCUCAGAUCAGAGAUGCUCAAUGCGUACCAUCCCCCGUUACCCCCAGUCCCUGUGUUGGGGUACUUCAACUUUUUGCCAGAAGAGGGAGCCGUUGUUCCAUGUAGCUGUGUCGCUUCUCAUCAGUAAAAGGCAUUCAUUAACUUUUUGAUGGUUUUUAAAGCUCAUAUCACUUUGGAAGUAUGCACAGUGCUGUUAAUAAAAUGAUAAGCAAAA